GGCCUCCCUCUGCGGCUCCUCUCCUCUCGGUGUGUAUAUAAAGCUCGCGGGAUGCCAGCGCCCUGAGCUCCGGGAUGAAGAUGCUGCUGCUCGGUCUGCUGCUGCUGCUGCUCCCGGCCGGAGCCGACCUGUCCGGGUCAGCCGCUCCGCUCCGGGGGCCGGCCCACACCUCUCCCUCCGCCCCGCCGCGGCUCCUCCUCCUGCAGCCCGCACUGGAGCGCGGGGCUCCCGGCGUCGCCUCGGCCCGGUCCGCGGAACCGGCCGGCGGCGGCGGGUCGGAGGAGCCGGCGGCGGCGGAGCAUCCUCACCACGGCGGCGGGUACCGGGUGGUCCAGUGGGAGUGGAGCUACGUCCAGACGCCCUACAUCAUCGCCAUCUGGCUGCUGGUGGCCAGCGUGGCCAAGAUCCUGUUCCACCUGUCGCAGCGCUUCACCACCGUGGUACCAGAGAGCUGCAUGCUGAUCCUGUUGGGUCUGGUUCUGGGCGGCGUGGUUCUCAUCGCCAGUAAGAAGCCGCUGUACCAGCUGGACCCCGCCCUCUUCUUCCUCUUGCUGCCCACCAUCGUGGGCGACGCUGGAUACUUCAUGCCCGCGCGACUCUUCUUCGACAACCUGGGCGCCAUCUUGACCUACGCCGUGGUGGGGACGCUGUGGAACGCCUUCUGCACCGGAUUCUGCCUCUAUGCCGCCAAGCUGCUGGGGGUUAUAGACGAGCGCGUUCAGGCUGACCUGAUGGAUUUCCUGCUGUUCGGCGCUCUGAUCUCCCGCCGUCGACCCGUGGCAGUUCUAGCCGUGUUCGAGGAGGUCCAUGUCAACGAGAUGCUCUCAUCAUCGUGUUCGGAGACGCUUCACCACCGUGGUGAAGCGCUGCAGCAGGCCUUUAGUAAGGCCUGCUGCAGCGGGCGGCGCGGCGUGAAGCUGAACUUUGCUGCUGCCGCUCCAGGAGGAGGACACGUGUCGUCCAGAGGCGGCGCUGGAAGCUGGAGCAGAUUAGCGGCGCCAGCUAAUCCCCCUCAGCACUCAGAUUAUCAGCUAAUCCAAAGAGAUGGAAAAACCCAGGCAGAGCUGGGAGAACUGGAGCUAAAGAGCAGGAGCUUCUUAAAGCGACAGAGGCCCAAUUUCAAGACGUUAAAUCAGGAAGUCCUCUAUAAGGUCUACAUCUCCUUCGUGGAGGUCGGCCCGCAGAACGUCCAGACGGCCGACUACUUCAAGGGAGUGGCCUCCUUCCUCAUCGUCAGCGUCGGGGGGACUCUGGUGGGUCUGGUCUUUGCCGUCAUCCUCGGCUUCAUCACCCGCUUCACCAAGAAGGUCCGCAUCAUUGAGCCGCUCUUCGUCUUCCUGCUGGUGUACCUGGCCUACCUGACCGCCGAGCUCUUCUCGCUGUCUGCCAUCUUGUCGAUGACCUUUUGUGGCAUUGGGGCCAAUAAGUACGUAGAGGCGAACAUCUCGCAGAAGUCCCGGACCACGGUGAAGUACACGAUGAAGACGCUGGCCAGCAUCGCCGAGACCAUCAUCUUCAUCUUCCUGGGCAUCUCUGCGGUGGACAAGUCCAAGUGGGCCUGGGACACGGGCCUGGUGUCCUGCACCUUGGUCUUCAUCCUGCUCUUCAGGGCUGUGGGUGUGGUCGGCCAGACCUGGGUUCUGAACCGGUUCCGGCUCGUCCCGCUGGAUAAGAUCGACCAGGUGGUGAUGUCAUACGGCGGCCUGCGGGGGGCGGUGGCGUUCGCGCUGGUGGUGCUGCUGGACGCAGAGCAGGUCAAAGCCAAGGAUUACUUUGUUGCCACGACGAUCGUGGUUGUCUUCUUCACCGUCAUGUUCCAGGGUCUGACCAUCAAGCCUCUGGUCAAGUGGCUGAAGGUUCCUCGCUCCACAAAGCCCACCAUCAACGAGGAGAUCCACGAGCGGGCCUUUGACCACAUCCUGACUGCGGUGGAGGACAUCGCAGGCCUGCAGGGUUAUCACCACUGGAGAGACAAGUGGGAGCAGUUCGAUAAGAACUACCUGAGCAAGCUGCUGCUCAGGAAGUCGGUGUACAGGAAGAGCGAGCUCUGGGAGGCGUACCAGAAGAUCAACAUCCGGGACGCCAUCAGCGUCAUCGACCAGGGUGGGAACGUCUUGACCUCGGCCAGGCUGUCACUGCCCUCCAUGGCCAGCAGAGCCUCGUUUCCUGAAGUCACCAACGUCACCAACUACCUGCGGGAGAACGGCAGCGGCGUGUGUCUGGACCUUCAGGUCAUCGACAACGUUCCCGGGUCCAAGGUGGAGGAAGACAUGGAGACGCAUCACGUCCUGGCCGGGAACCUGUACAAGCCCAGGAGACGGUACCAGUCCCACUACAGUCGACACUUCAUGCCGCUGGGUGAGCAGGAGCGGCAGGACCGCGAGGUUUUCCAGAGGAACAUGAAGAGCCGCAUGGAGACCUUCAAGUCCACCAGACACAAGCGGCACAAGAAGGAGCGCAGCCUGAAAAAGCGCCGAGGAUCUGACACGAAGGACGAGGGAGGAGACAAACCCAGACGCAACGUCAGCUGGCAGGACAAAGAUCCGGUGGCCGUUCCUGUGGAACCCGAGGAGGAUAAAGCUGAUCGCUCCGAUCCGGAGAAGGAGGAAGACAUCGGGAUCACCUUCGUUGCUCGGAAGGCGGAGACGCCGAAACAGCGACCCAAAUCAGUCCCAGCAGCUCUGGAUGUUUGCCAGAGCCCGCCGCCCCCCCCGUCGCCGCCCGGUGAGGACAGCCAUCUGCCCUGGAAGGGCGGCGUGGGGUCGCCCCCGCCCUGCGUGUCGGUGGAGGCCACCAAGAUCAUCCCGGUGGACCUGCAGCAGGCCUGGAACCAGAGCAUCUCCUCCCUGGAGAGCGUCUCGUCGCCUCCGGCGCCCGCUGAGCCUGUCCACCCCCGCGUCAGCGCCCUCUCCAGGCUGGGAGGAUCCCGCCCUGCCUCCUACACUGGCCCUGUCGGGGGCGCGCCUGCCCAGGUCCCGCCCCCAGCCGCCUUCUGUUUCUCUGAGAGGAAAAAGAAGAAGCCGGUGGAGGAAGAGGAGGAAGAGGAGGAGCCUGGCACGACGCAAGAGAUGCAGCCGCUAAUGUCGGCCUUGAAGCCGCCGCAAGCUGCACCCUCGCCGCCAGCCCCGCCCGGCCCAGGCAGGAGGAGGAACCCCUGUGUGUACCUGAGGAGUCUGGUGACCCCGCCCCCUGGUGGCGGCGCCGGGCCUCAUAGUCACCGCCCCACGCAGCUCUGAACGGGGCCACCAGGUGGCGGGUUGUCUGCCGGCUCGGCCAAUAGGAAACCAGCACAAUCACAUGACCAGAGAGCUCCACCAGCUGAAGAUAACCUUCUGUCCUAAUCUUCAUCACCAUCUGCGUCCUUUGUCCUUUCACCAAACUUUCCAGCCAAGCUCCUGCUGGAUUGGAAGCUUGGAAGGAUCGUUGCUCCAUCACAGCAGAUCAAUAUGAUUCAAUAACUGCUGAUGUUAUUGAAUCAAUUACACUGAAAAUGUCUGUGAUGUCUCUGUGAUUCAGUGAGUUUAAAUGAAAAUCCAUCCUUUGCUUCAUAACGCUUUUGAAUUAUUGUUGUUUCUUCAUACAGCAGGGGGCGCUGCA